CCUUCUUUCCUUGAAGGGGUAUAAGCAGUAUUUUUAUGGUCUGUGCCCCUAGGAUUCUAUUGCUUUUAAUCAUCAGAAGAGGAUUAGUAGAUGAAGGAGAAGAAGAGAAGCUCAGAAGAAGAAGGUGGUAAUUAAACAAUCGUUAGUGCCAAAGAAAUCUUCAAAAGGAUUUACUCAUAGCUCACCUGCCCAGAUCGUCGGGCAAGUUGGCAGUGAAAGAGAGGGGUAUUUCUGCUCUGAGCUAACACCUACUUUUUCUUGAUGUUUCUCCAAGACGUGGAGAUGUCUUCCUAUAUUUAAAGUGUGUAGGAGACAGAACGCUGAUUGUGCAAAGGACCAAGCGCCAGAAAGCACUAUUUGAAGUGAGCACCGUCUUUACACCUUCAGAGAUAAUACGUUUUUGGAUGAUUGUUCAGCAGGGAUAUGAAUGUUGUGGAGAGUCUUAAAAAAGAGGAAAGGUUAAAGAGAGAGAGUUAAUUUGGGAACAUUUCUAUAAAACAACAAAGAAUUGAACCCCCCCCCCAUUCUAUUGCCAGCCUGGGUCUAUCUGGGCAAUUACAUUUCCGCUGGCAUUCUGGACAUUGCACUGACUGAAUGAAUGAGGGGGUGGUGGUGCCCAGCUUUGCUGCCGAUGCCCAGAACGAGAUGCCCCCCUGCUGGUGAGUCCCUGGGGGAGUGUCAUGACUCGAGAAGAGAGGAUCCGAGCUCCACCUGGCAGCUGCCCCUCAGGAGCAACCAGAAGAGAUGCCCAGGUGGUGCCCCCUCCGCAUUGUGCGAGAACGAAGCGUCGCCGUGCCUUAUCCCUGCCCUCAGUGGAACAUGCCAAGGUCCACGGCCUGAAAUAUGUGCUUUCGCCAAGGUUGGCGCUCCAACGACGCGCAUUCUGGUUCCUCGCCUUUUUCACCUCAUUGGGCCUCUUUCUGUCCUGGUCAUCCAACAGACUUCUGUAUUGGCUUUCUUUUCCUUCGCACACCAGAGUACAGCUGGAGUGGAGCAAAGAGUUGGCAUUCCCGGCUGUGACCCUUUGCAACAACAACCCAGUCCGAUUUCACCGGCUGAGCAAGAGCGACCUCUACUUCGCGGGUUACUGGUUGGGCUUGUUGCUGGCAAACAGGACAACUCGACCCAUGCUGGCAGAGCUGCUGCCAGAGGACAAACACAAAUGGUUCCACAAACUGGCUGAUUUUCGGCUUUUCCUGCCACCGCGGGACUUUGAUGGGAUCAGCGUAGGAUUCAUGGACAGGCUUGGCCACCAGUUGGAGGACAUGCUCUUGUCCUGUAAGUAUCGAGGAGAGACCUGUGGCCCACACAACUUCUCUACGGUGUUCACACGAUACGGGAAAUGCUACAUGUUUAAUUCUGGACAAGACGGUCGACCCCUGCUCACCACCAUGAAAGGUGGGACGGGGAACGGUCUGGAGAUCAUGCUGGACAUCCAGCAGGAUGAAUAUCUCCCCAUCUGGGGUGAGACUGAAGAAACGACUUUUGAGGCGGGGGUAAAAGUCCAAAUACACAGUCAGUCUGAGCCCCCUUUUAUCCAAGAGCUUGGUUUUGGCGUGGCCCCAGGCUUCCAGACCUUCGUGGCAACUCAAGAGCAGAGGCUCACAUACCUUCCUUCUCCCUGGGGCGUGUGCCGUUUCUCCGACAUGGGCUCUGAUUUCUUCCCAGUUUAUAGUAUCUCGGCCUGUAGGAUCGACUGUGAAACCAGAUACAUUGUGGAAAACUGCAACUGCAAAAUGGUGCAUAUGCCAGGUGAUGCUCCAUUCUGUACUCCAGAGCAGUACAAAGAGUGUGCAGAACCCGCGCUUGGUUUACUGACGGAGAAAGAUGGGGGAUAUUGUGUAUGCGCGAUGCCAUGUAAUCUCACCAGAUACAAUAAAGAACUCUCCAUGGUGAAAAUUCCGAGCAAGACAUCAACCAAAUAUUUGGAGAAGAAAUUCAACAAGUCCGAGAAAUAUAUCAUGGAGAAUAUUCUGGUCCUUGACGUGUUCUUCGAAGCCCUGAAUUAUGAAACAAUAGAACAGAGAAAGGCUUAUGAGGUUGCCGGGUUGCUAGGGGAUAUAGGGGGACAGAUGGGGCUCUUCAUAGGAGCCAGCAUCCUGACGAUCCUGGAGUUAUUCGAUUACAUAUAUGAGUUGAUCAAAGAGAAGCUUCUGGAUCUUCUUGGAAAGGAGAACGAGGAGGGAGGUCGUCCAGAGGAUUUGAAUACCUGUGACACCAUGCCAAACCAUUCGGAAACCAUUAGCCACACUGUGACUGUCCCGCUGCAGGCUACCUUGGGGACAUUGGAAGAAAUUGCCUGCUGACGCAUUUGGGACACUGUUGCUUUAUUUGUGCCAAAAUAUCGGUGGAUGCAGCAUGCGUGGGAAGCUCCCAUGGACCCUGAGCCUCAGAGAGAGAAAUGGAAGGUUGAGGGGACUGAGGACGGAGAGACCGCAUACUGCUAAACUGUACACAGUCCUGCAUGCAUGCAGCGUAUAUGGUACCGAUCCUCCUGUGAUGUAUGAGGAGACGACGGACAGACACACAUUGUGCACACACCCGUCACACUCUGUCCCGUUCUGCGUGUGAGGCGGGUUCAGAAAGGGUUUUCUUUUUAUAAAAUAAAAAGUGAAUGAAAACGUG